UACGUUCUUUAAAACUCAAACUUCAUUUUUCCUCACGACCCAGUCCCGAACUUAUUUCCUGGCGAUGAUUUGGCGGUGGGUGGAGGAUUGUGAGAAGGUGGAGUCCAAUUAAACUUCUGGCCCUGCUGUGCAUGGGACUGCGAUACGAGGGAAGAGAGCUGCCGAGAUAUUUGGGCGAGCUCGUGUGAAAGCACGAUGUCACCGAUAAUUAGAACAUGCUUUCUCUUGGCUGGGUUUGUUUUCUUUUAUAUUGCGUACCUGCUUUUGGGAGCCCUCGUUUUUUCUUACAUCGAAGGACCAGUGGAGGAGAAGCUGAGAACUGACUUGACUGCUCUCAAGGAGCAAUUCCUCAACCAGACCUGCAUCAAUGUAACGCAACUGGACGCCUUUCUAGAUGGAAUUUUAAAAGCCAAUAAGUACGGAGUGUCGGUGCUUCGAAAUGCUUCUGGACUUUCUAACUGGGAUCUGGCUUCGUCUUUGUUCUUCGCCAACACUUUGGUGACGACAGUAGGUUAUGGCCACACCACCCCGCUCUCGGACGCCGGCAAGGCCUUCUCCAUCGUCUACGCCCUGGUGGGGGUUCCCUUCACCAUGCUGGUGUUGGCGGCCUGCGUGCACCGCCUCAUGUACCCCCUCACCUACUGGCCGCUGGGGGUACUGCAGCAGAGGGCAGGCCUGCAGCCGCGGGUGGCCAGCCUGGUGCACUUUGUGGUGCUGCUGAUGCUGGUGGUGCUGUGCUUCUUCGCCAUCCCCGCGCUGGUCUUCACUGCCAUGGAGGACAACUGGUCCUUCCUGGACGCCUUCUACUUCUGCUUCAUCUCGCUCUGCACCAUCGGCCUGGGCGACUUCGUGCCGGGCGAGCAGCCGGGGCAGAACUUCAGGGGCCUGUACAAGAUCUCUGUCAUGGUCUACCUGUUUGUGGGCCUGAUGGUGAUGUUCCUGGUCCUCCGCACCUUCCACAAGCUGGCAGACCUGUACGGCCUGACGGCCUUCUUCCACCUGCCCACCUGCGAUGAGGACCUGGCAGAGGACAAGGAGCCCAUCGUGGGCGCGGAGGAGGCGCCCGAGAGCGACAAGGCCAUGACCAGUCCCCUGGACCCCAGCUCACAUGCCACGUACAACACCAUCAACGCCACAAGAUGAGAUGAGAUGAGGGGGGCCCAGUCCGUCCACCUAAUCCAGCCCAAGUGCUUAGGUCUUCAGCACCUCUCCUCCCUCUUGCCUUAUCGCCGUUGUAUUUUCCUGUCCUCUUUGUUGCAUUUGUUUUGUUGAUAUUUGGAGGGUUGGGCUCGGUAGCCGAUCACCUACCUACCUACCUACCUUACCCUGUCUGUGACUUGUGUGCCAGAGCCACCACGAGGCAGACAGAUGCAUUACAUGGUUACUACUAGAACAUGCCCAAGCAAAGAGGAUGGGAUACAGGAAGCUUCAUAAUGAAACGGUGCGUUUGAGUAAAUACACCAUAAAUAGGCUCUAUGUGCCCAAACCACUGAAGGGUCGUGACUUACUGUGACACCACCCUGACCAAAUGACAUGGGAGGGGGUGCUGACUCAGCCUGUGCCGUAGCGCACCGCCUAAGCACAACACAAGUAUUCACUUUGGGGAUUUUUUGUUUUGUUUACUUUGCACAUCAUUUUAUUUACUUUACAUUAUCUUUGUUUUUCUUUCCAAUAACCUAAUGGACAUCUUUUUUGUCUUAAUUUACCCCUUUUUCUUGCUGUAUUGUCUUUAUUCCUUAUUGCUAUUAUAUUAUUUUUUUGGUAAGAGGGUCCCAUCUGAUCCGCGCCGUUGACAUGUGUCAGUCAUGUCUCCGGCUUUUGUAUUCAUUUGAGAUCUUCUGUAUUAUCUAUUCAUUUGAGAUCUUCAGUAUGAUCUAUAUUCAUAGGCCAUUGACACAACCAGGGAGGUAUACGAAUACUUAACCGUGUUCUUAAGUUAUACCCCCAGGUCUGGAUUCACACUUGUCUGUAACAUCAAACUACGAUCAGGGAGAAUGGAAUUCAACUGUCCCGACGGCACUUAUGUCACUUUUGGAGAUAAAGCACCUUUUCUUAGCCUUCCUACCUUUCUCUUUCUCUCGCUGACCCAAAUCCUUUUUCUUAACCUUUGGUCGGAGUCGCGUCUUAUUCUAGUGGGUCAUACCCGUCCCCGUCAGACAUUUCUUGUCACUUUUCCCACUUCUGACGUAAUCCUUCAUCGACGACCCUGAAAUAGUCAGUGGUGCUUUAGAAAGGCAGGUUAGCCACACACACACACACACACACACACACACACACACACACACACACACACACACACACACACACACACACACACACACACACAACCACAACCUCUGGUAGUUUCUUAGACUUCUCUUGGUCCGUCGUUCUUUGAACGUGCGUGACGUGAACGUUGCAUGUCAACAGCGACAUGAUGUUUACAUAAGUAGACUGAAAUCCUAUUUUUUUGCCUGUGUAGCCCACAUAGCGAAGUUGUAAUGGCAGUAAACAAACCACUGCCCUGUCAUGCCAUGUGAGGCGGCGCUGGUGUCUUUUUAUGUGACCGGAGAAGGAGAUGAGGGUCACAAGAAAGCUAUUGAGUAACAUCUUUGAUGCCCUUGGGCCACUUCCCCUCCGUGGUGGGCUGACUACACAUCAGAAAGAAUCCACACAUCAGAAAGAACUUAGGUUUUCAAAGGGCUACUUUCUCUGGGCUUAUUUGCAAUGGUCUAGUUUGCUGCAAAGACAGACUGCCUGUCAAUGAAAUGCAUUUAUUUAGCCUUGAAAUGAUGAUUAGCUUUUUGACCAAAAGCAUAUCCAUACUACAGCAUGUGAACUCGUGUGACAUUCACAUGAGCUUGACCAAAGUCACCAUUUCCAGAAUGCAUUUCAUUGCUUUAUGUCUAACACAAACAUCCAAACUUGUUUAAAGACUGUCAAUAGUCAGCCAGCUAGCUAUUUCAAAGGAGUUCUCUGACCGAGGACUGCUUUACAGUGUUGUUGCCAUCACCUGACUGACCGAUACCGAUGCAUUCUCUUGUCUGUCAUACAAUUACCAUGUUAUUUAUCAACACUUUAUACAUGUAGUUAUGUUACUGAAUGUAGUGAUUUUGUCUUUUUCUUUUCAUUUUUUUGUUUUGUUUUUGUUUUCAUAGAGGACUUAAAAGGGCGCUUGCUUGGUAUACUGAAAAAAAUAGGGUAGGUCUACUUGCCAAUUCAUGCAGUGUAUCUGUGCAAAUAAUGUACUGUGCUAUGGUACACUUAAUAAAGAAAAUAAUGCAGUA